AGAGGGAGAGGUGAAGCUGGUUAGGUCAGCCGUUUUCUAAGGUGUUCACUGGUUCUGCUGUUAUUGUCGUAUAUUAUUUUUAUUUGAGUAUUUAAAUCAAUGAUCUGCAGUACUAAUUGAAAAAAACAUAUGUCUAUUUAAAAAUUUAUAACUAUUUAUUUGCUGUCCAUUUAUUUAGUGGUGUAACUAAACAAACUGUAUAUUAUCGUGAUAAAUAACACAAUGAUAGGCGGACAGAAUGCCUGAGAUACCGUCCAAGUCGUUGAUUCGUGCCGAAAAAGGUGUGAGUUUUGAGUCAAAGUGUAGCAUAUCGUUUACUCUUAAUAUAAAUAUCAAGGGUUUGUCGAGUUAAAUUUAAAAUUUAUUUGAAUUUAUUAACCGACCCCGGGAAACUAAAUUCCUGAUAACAGGGAAUGAGGAUACCCGGGGAAACGUAGUCCUAAUUUAUUAAAAAUGGAAAGAUGCAUUGGAUAACGCCGCUCGGAAUGAGUAAUUUAUUGUGGAUAUGUUGGUUCUAUCAAACACUUCCUGAAGUUUUUACUUUUCCAGUCAGUCCAUCAAAUAUUACAGAUUCAACGGGAUCAAAAUUAUGGUCACCGCAGCUUCAUUACAUCCUGGGUUCAAUUGCACUCGUGGCAAUGGUAUCAGCUUUUCUUGGAUGUCUUUGCUGUCGACGUGAACGUCGUGCCAAAGGAUUUCAGGAUACUAAAGGAAAUAAACAAGAGGAAUUCAAAGAUGGAAGUACUGCAGGAAGUGAAACAAUUAUUGAACGUGGGCUGGAGUUAGAAGUAUCUCGAUCUAAUAACUCGACAAAUCAAUUUCAAUUUGAGCCUUUGACUGUCGAACGUUUUGUCCCAGAAACUAAAAACGUAGGCAAACCAUCAAAGCCACCGUCACCUUCACUUAUAAACGACAGUCUCGAUAAAGAUGAAAAUUUAUCACCAUGCCAAGAAUGGUUUUCACCAGGUCUGCAUGUCCCACGUGAACGUCUUAAAUAUCUCCGUGAAAUAGGUCGGGGUUGGUUUGGAAAAGUCGUAGAAGGUACACAAGAUUUAGAUCCCGGAGGAAUAUUACCGAAAAAUGAUGGCGUUGUUGUGAGAAUUCUUACUGAAGAAGCGUCCACUAGUGAACGCGCAUGGUUUCUAGGUGAAGCUUUACCGUAUCUGAAACUGCGUCACCAAAGUCUUUUAAAAUUACUCGGUGUUUGUUUGGAAACUGAUCCUUAUUUGUUGCUUUUUGAAUCCUGUUCCGGAGGUGACUUAAAGACUUUUUUAAAAUCUCACUCUCACUCAAAUGAGACAUUAAUUAAAACUAACGUGCCUAUAAAAAUGGCCAUAGACAUUGCAGUUGCUCUAGAUCAUAUGCAUCGUCAUGGUUUUGCUCAUACAGAUCUUUCAGCAAGAAAUUGUCUUGUCGCAUCUGAUUUAUCAGCAAAACUGGGAGAUUAUGGUAUUGGUGUUGAAAAAUAUCCAGGGGAUUAUUAUGUUGUUGGAGACCGAGCACUUCCAAUAAGAUGGUCAGCACCUGAAAGUUUAGUUUGCACUGAUACUACUAUCGAAACACGUGCGAUAACUCCACUCGCUAAUUUAUGGAGUUUUGCGAUUCUUCUUUGGGAAAUCGGUAGCUGGGGAGACAGGCCUUACGAUGAUCUUGGUGAUGAUCAAGUCAUUGAAAUGAUACUUUCUUGUAGAUUUUAUGAUCACCUUCCGUUUAAAAAUCUUAAAGACUCUCCAGAUAGUCUUUUAGAAGCUAUAAAAUCUUGUUGGAAAUUAGAACCUAAAGAACGAUCGAGUCUUAAUGAAGUUAUUGAAAUAUUGAAAGGAAAAAAUUUUGACUUUGAUCAACGAUGGGAGACACUUAAGCCUAAUUCAAAAGAACCAAUGAGGAGUCUCAGUUUAAAAGAACUUCGACAGAGUACGGAUUCAGAUUUGUGGCAAGCUGAUGAAAAAAUAUUUAGUACACCUCAAGCGAGUUUUAAACUCGGACCUGGCGAGCCAAUCAGAAAUGCUCCGUUAGCAAAAACGGAUACUACUGAAUCUGGGUCUGAAACUGAAGAAGAAAGUUGGAGAGGUAGAGUCGAACGCGGUGCUUACACUGAAAAAGUGAGACAGAAAUCUAAAUCUGUUGCAGACUUGAUGGUACUCGUUCAUAUCGACUCUGAUUCUGAAGCCGAGUGGUCUCUAGGUCCUCAAGUUAUUGAGAAGCCAAGAAAAAAAUUAGCAUCUGGAAGUGUGGGAGACUUGAGAACUACUGCUCUGGCAGAUGAAUUUGAUGAGGCUUUGAAAAAACUUCGUAACCCAAACUCUAAUAAAAUUUUUAAAGAAUUACCAGAUAAAAUACAGGAGUCUUUUGAAGAAAAUAAAAGAACACUAGAGAGUACAUCGACGCCAAAAAAUAAUUCUACAUCUUCUAAUAAUUUCGUUGACGUUGAGCUUUGGAAAAAUGCACUAGAAUUUGACUUGGAACGUAAAGUUUCAGGAUUUGAUCUUGAGUCAAUUGAUUUUGAGAAAUUAAUCGGUGAUAAGUGUGAAUCAAGGUCAGUUUCUGAUGCACUUGAAAGUUCAACGUCUGCUCCAAAUACUCCGCAGUCACGUGGUGAAGAUUUAUCUGUUGACAACGAGGACUUUUCAAACAGUGAAGAAGUUGAAACAGAAAGACGCAGACUUCCGGAUGCUGAUGAAGAAGAAGAUCGGAAACAUUUAUCGACCCCAGAUGAUGAACGAAGUUCAGACAGUGGUUUCAGAGAUAAAGAAUCUUGUGAAGAAGAAGAAAAUCCGAUACCUUGUAGUCUUUCUCAUUCGGCUUUAAAUUCUUACGGUGCUUUAUUCAAUACUCCACUUUCAGCGUCGACGGAAGAAGAACAGCUUAAAGUUUUAUUAGAGCUUGACAACAUUCUUGAUGCUGAAGAUUGUAAAAGUUUAGGAGAACAAGAUAUUUCUCUGUCACCCAGUAAAAUAAAUUUUAAUAUUUUAGAAGAAGACUCGAUUAUCUCAGCUUUGAAAUCACAACUCGAUUCUCCUGUUAGAGAUUCUGGUCUAGAAUUUAUUAAUAAAGAACUUUUAGAUAAAUUAGAGCUUAAAAUAAAUGAAAAAAAUAUUGAUACGGAAAAGAAAAUUGAAGAAACUUCGGAUGAAAAAAUUGUAAAUAAAUUAGAUAUCGAAGUUGAUAAAGUUACAACUUUAGUAGAUGAUAAAAAUAACGAAACUCUAGACUUGAAGCCAAUUAAUGAACAAGCUGUCGAUGAAUUACAUGCAGAAGUUAUGAAGGAAGUGAACAGUUCGAUACAAGAAGUCAAGGAACCUUCAGAUGCAGAAUUAAUAGAGGAAAAUGUUGAUAAACUAAUUGCGGAAGUUGAGAAAAAUUUAAUUUCCAUAGAAAAAAAAUUUGAAGAGCCAUUGGUUAAAAAUCAUCACUCAGAUAAAUCGAAUACUGAGACAUUUAGCGAAUCACAGGAACCUGAAAAUGAUAAUGAUGACGAAGACAGUUCGACCGUGAGUCUUCGUAGUGAUAAUUCUUAUGUAUCUUUUAAUCUUGAUGAAGAAUUCGUUGCUGCAAUAAGAAAUGAACUUCAAGAAAAACUUCCGCGUGCUCAGAUGUCGAUCGUCGAGUCACAAGAGCUUAGAGAUGAUGAAGUAUCAGCAGUUAAUACUUCGGAGGGUGAGAAAAAAUGGGAUUAUGAAGAUGAGUCGAGUGAAAACGAUAGUAAUAUUGAUAUUGCUAUAAGAUAUAACAUAUAUGGUACUCCUUUAAGUCCGAUCCUUGAAGAACGUGAAAGCAAUGCAACUUCCGAAUCACUUGGUGACACAUCAGUGGCUUCAAAAUUGUCUGGAUUUUCAGAAGACGUUUUAGUAGUCGACACGAAAACAAACCGAGUUUUGCUGGUAGAAGGAAAUUUUGAUAGACAAGAUGACGACCGAGACAACACUUCUAAUGGUGACAUCACAGAUGACGAAAGUGCAGAUUGUGACUCAAAUAAUUUAAGAAGUAAUUUACUGGAUAUUCACAAUAAAGUAAGUGGCGCACCGAUGCCUAGUCCUGAAGAAGAGUCAAAAUGGCAAGCACAGUUUCCUAUUCAACUGCAAGACGAUCUUAUGUCAACGAGUUUUAGUACUGAGCAUGACUGGGAUAGUCAGGAUGAUGAUGACAAAGCUGGUGAAGAUGCUACGGAAGAAGAUGAUGAUGACAGCUCGAGUUCUGGUGAAUUUGUAUGGAAGCGCUACGACGAUAUACCUGAUAACGAAGACCAGCAGCAAUCUAAACAUGUAGAUACCGAGGGGAAAAUUGAAGAAGAAGCUGAAGAUGAAGAUGAGGAUGAAGAAGAAUUUACACCUUCAGCCUGGGAUGCAACUCUGGCUCCCCAUAGAUCGGCAUUGAGAUCACCGGAAAAAACUCUCAAAGCAGGAGACCAAAAGAAAAACGUGUGGUUUAAAAAACAACGUUAUCACUGUGUCUACGAGUAUCCAAAGGAGACAUUAGUCCCUGAGUGCCAAGGCCAAGCUACAACAACUUGGGAACCGACUUCUUAUGCCGACUGGGAAGAGAUGUUGGAAGAACCUAAAAUUGAUGUUUAUCCAAUUAAUUAUGAAUCUAAUCACGAUGACGAAGAAUUUUUCGUCAGUAGUGGAAAUAGACCUUUUCAAUUUCAAGUAGGCGAUGGAAAGUACGUGAGUCAAUUUUUUCCCGGAGCUACUGAGUCAUCGAAUGAAAAUGAGUCAGAAGGAACAAAUACAUUUGAAAAAAUAAAACAAGAUUUAAAAGUCGAUACAGUUGAUGGCAAUCAAUGUCAGCAACAGCAACAAAUGCAAUUGGGUGAACUGCGACAUACGAGAGACAGAUUAAAACUCAAUUUACCAAUUAAAAAUAAUUCAGAAAGCGGAAGUAAUGUAAUUAUUAAUGAAAUUGAGGCGGAUAAAAUUGAACAGGACAGUCGAAUUAACGAUGAAAGUGAUAGUAAAACUGAGAAGACUGAAACCAGUACGGAAUCUUCCAUUUCUAAAGAUGAUCAAUCAAUUAUUUCUGUUAUUAGAUCUCCGAUAGGGUCGUCCCUUGAAAACUUAAGCCGUGAAGAUAUUAAAAGCUCGGGUAAUGGAGAAAGCGACGGUGAAAUUAGUGAACUUGAAAUUUCUUUUUCUUACAAAGAAGACGCACCAGUAAAAUCAUCACGUAGACCACUCGUUUUUUCUACCGAUAGUUUUGAUAGUAAAUCUAAUGAUGGUACUGAAAAGCAAGAUGAUCCGUUGGAUUUCGUUCAUAAGGAACCGGAAGCUACAGAGGAACAGGAAAAAAAAUUAUUGCUAACGGAGACGAAGGAAGAAAUUUUUUUAAAAGACGAAAGUAAAUUAAAACCGUCGGAAAAUGACCAUGUGAUAGAGAAAAAUGAAACGGAUGUUGAAAAAUUCAAUAAGUCCGUCCGCGAACCAACUUAAGCUUUAGAUCGAUUUUUUUUUAUAAAUAAGGUCCACAAAAAAAAUUUAAUAGUUUAAAAAUGAAAAAAAAAGCAAUGAAUAAAUAACUUAAGUAGAAGAGUGAGAAAGUCUCAAUGAAAAGACGAGUUUUCUCGAUAGAGAGCUCAAUUGGCUAAAGUCCGUCCUAAUAAUGAGAUAGUUUUCAAAAAUUAUAUUUUUUAUUUUAUUUUAUUUUAUUUUUUUUUUUUUGUAAAUAAUUGAAUAGUGAAAAUACGAUCGCAAUAAUUAUUUUAAAAUUUACUUCUUAAUUGUUUUGACAUCGUGUCUCACUUUACAUGGGCGUAAAAUUAAUUUAAAAAAAAAUAUCUAUUUGUUCUUCGUUAGAUUAUUGUAAAUAUUUAUUAAUUUAUUGUAGAUGCAUCGAAAAUUGUGCCUAUACAAUUUAUUAUUUCAAUGUUUUAAUUACAAUUGAAAAAAAGUGUCUUUAAUUAUUUUGAGCUAAAGAAAAAAACUAUUCAAUAUUUUUUUUGUACACUUGGCAUUAAACAGCUCUCUAUUAUCAGAAGUAUUAUUUUUAAAAAAUGCAAAACGAACAAAUAAGAAAUGAAUGAAAGAGAAAGUUAACCAAAAUGUCAUGGAAAAAAAUCGCGAAAAAAAACCAUCAGUUAUGGCCAUUCUCGGACAGUGCCCCCAUUUAAAAAAAAAAAUCAAUGACGAUUGUAAUGACGGUAUUUAAAUUUUGAUAAUUAAUUUAAAAAAAGUUAAAGCAUUAAUUGUAAAAAGGGCAACGCAGUUAAAAUUUCGCUGAGACAGAUUUAAAAAAAAAAUUAUUUGCAGUUAAUAUCAAUUAGGAGCUAAAUGAAAUUGGGAAAACGAAUUUCAGUAAAAUCAUGUCUUAUAAUUUUGAAUGUCAAAUUUUUUAGGAUAAAAUUUAUUAACUAAAUUUCGUGUAACUCCUAAUUGAUGACAACUGUGAGUGAUUUUUUUAAAAAUCUGUCGCCGAAAUUUGGCUUUUUUCAAUUAAGGGGAAAAGGGUCUGAGAUACAAAAAGAAAGAGCAUAAUUUUGUGAUUUUUUUUUCAGAGUACCUUCUUUAUUACAAUUUUAAAAAUUUGUGACAUUGUUAAGCAUCACUCUAAAAAUAUUCUGCUAAAUUUUCAUAAAAAAAUAUUGAAAAAUAAGCCAGUGGUAGUGGGGAGAGACGAGUCACUUAAAAAAAGUUUCCAUGCCGUAGACAGGAUAACUUAUGAAUGCCUUAUCUAAAAUCAAAAAACCAAAAAAAUUUCUUUAGUGCAUAAAUUUAUCUUGAAUUUGAAGGACGGAAUAAACAAAAUAUUCAUUUUUAAAUUUUUGGUAAAGGUGCAAUCAAAAAACUAUGAUUUUUGCCAUAAAUUGCUCCUUUUGUUUAAUUAAAAAAUAAGUAGUUAUUGAAAAAAAAAAUCCUUCGUUCAAAUCUCCGAUAAAUUUAUGUACUAAAGAAAUUUUUUUGGUUUUUUGAUUUCAAAUGAGGCAGUCAUUAAUUAUCCUGCCUACGGCAUGGAGACUUUUUUUUAAGUGACUCGUCUCUCCCCACUACCACUGGCUCAUUUUUAAAUAUUUUUUUAUGAAAAUUUAGCAGAAUAUUUUUAGAGUGAUGCUUAACAGUGUCACAAAUUUUAAAAAUUGUAAUAAAGAAGGUACUCUGAAAAAAAAAAUCACAAAAAUAUAUUCUUUUUUUUGUAUCUCAAACUCUUUUAUGAUUUAAUUUUUUUGCAAUUAAUUAAUAAAAUUUUAAUACUGUCAUAACAGUUCGUUAUUGAAAAUUUUUAAAAAACGGAGGCAUUGUCUGAGAAUUUCCUUAUAUGAUAGAGUCGAUUAUCACUCACAAGAAUUAACCCUGUGAUAAUGAAAUAAAAUAUUUUUUGUUUUAUUUAUUUAAAAUAAAACGGCGAUAAAAAUUAUUAGAUAAAAGCACUAAAUAAUAAAUUAAUUAAAUUAAUUAAAUUGUAGUAUAAUUACUUUGCACGUUUAAAAAAAUAUGUUAAAUUAAUAUUUUUUAUUGAUAUUUGUACAUUAAAACUUGAUCUUUUUAAUUGACUUUGAUGUAAAAAACAUAUUUAUAUCAGUGGAUUAUUUUUAUUAAAUAUUUUGUGUUUUAAAAAUAGAAAAUUACGUUAAAAAAAAACAGUGCAAUUAAAGACAAUCGUCUAAAAUCAUUAGAGAACAAAUUUUUUUACUUCCUUACUAAUGUUAUAGAAAAUAAUGAAAUAAAAUAACAAAAAAAAAAAA